UAAAGCUUUGCAGUCUCUGUCUCACUCCUCUGCUUUUCUAGCUUCCUUGACUCUUACUCAUUCCCCCAAACACUCAACUCAACUCAACUGCAUCAUAUCAUUCAGUAGUAACCAAUCAUUCCUUGUGUUUUGUUUCACCUUUCAUAUAUGGGACUGAACUCUUUUACCAUGUGAUGUACACUUGCCACUGAUAUGAUUCUUCUAUACUAUCCACUUAUCACUUCAUGCCCUUUGUGUAGUUUUCUGUGGCCAAUUCAGAUGCUGCAUGACCAUGACAAAGAAACACACUCUUGGUACUGAAACCACUUUCUUCCUUUCUUUAUUUUGGACUGCACUUCUUCUGAACUGUGUUUUCCUGGGAUCACAUUUUGCUUCUGAGGCCAUAUCCUGAUAUCCCAUGUUUCAAGCUGUUUCUAACUAGAAGGAUUGUUACCUCAUCUUCUUUACCCCAGUGCUGAAAUUAGUAUUUGAAAUUGCCUUGAAGAACAUUGAACUUAUUAUUGAGUAGUCCUGCAAAGAAAAGCUAGGUUGUAGAACAUGAUGAAUGAGAGAAAAUUGAAUAUUAAUGCUCCUCUUAUGUCUAUGAGACGCUAUAGUGGUACAUCACCAUCCAAAACUGAACAAAAGAGAAACACAUUAGAGAAGCAACAAGCAAUUCCACACUACAAGUCAGACACAACAUUGGAUCAGGUAACAGAACCUGUCACAGUGCCUUUUAACUGGGAGCAUAUCCCUGGAAAACCCAAGGGAAAUGAUGGAUCUAUAAAAAAUGUGGAAGAUGAUGAUGAUGAUGAUGCUUAUUCUGAUGCCCUUGAAACACUGUCAUCUACGGAAUCAUUUUCUAUGAAAUGUAGUGUAAGUGGAAUUAGUGGCUUAGAUAAUUUAGAUGCAAACAAGUGUGAAACUGGAACCUCUUCUACGGAUAAAGAAGCUCAAGACUUCAUGAUGAGCCGGUUUUUAACUGCAGCAAAUGCCAUGACUUUGCAUCCUCCUCAACAUGUUUCAAGAAAGAAAUCUGUUCUGGUAGAACAACCAAGGGAUUUUACCAAAUUAGUUCGUGUGGAAAAGGAGUCAUUUGUUAACAGACAUAUCACUGACAUUGUACCAUAUACUGGCCAAUAUCAAGAGGAAGAAGAAGAAAGUGAAUAUGAAACUGAAGGUUAUGCACACAUGUCAGCCAAAGGUUGUGGAUUGUUUCCUAGAUCAUGCAUUAGGAAUUCACUGUGCCUGUUGAAUCAAGUUCCUGGUACAAAAAUGGUGAACCAGUUCCCCAUGUUUUCUUCCUAUGAAGUUGGAAAAUCUAAAGAAAAUUCUCAUAUUCACUCUAGCAGACCAGCUCCAGCUAUAAAAAAGGCUUGGGAUGCUAUUCAUAAGAGCAAAUCAAGCUCUGGAGCUGCACCACCAGACAUGCAUGGUAUAUCUUCUUUUAGAAGUAAUGAAUCAAAAAGGUAUGCUUACUCAGGUGAAUUGAAGCAGGUAGGUAGAAUCUCUUCCUUUCGUUAUUCAAGAACUAUUGCUGCUUCUGGCACAUCUUCUUUUAGAAGUAAGCCUCAAUCUUCCUCAAAUACAAGUAUUCAGCAAUUGCCAUCACAAGGAGCCAAAAAAGGUGCAAAAUCAGGAAGCCUUACAUUGGAAAAGGCAUUUUACAUAGAUACUAAAAGUACAGGAACAUUACCAUCCUCAAAUUCAAGUUUUAUAGAUGACACAAAAAGGAAAGACACUAUGGAAGGGCAAGACAACAUUUCCAAAGAUGAUUCCUUCCAAGAUAUGAAACACCUAGAAGCCUUGGAGAAAAAAUUGGAUUCUAAAGUAUUGAGUUCUGUGGAUGCUAAUUCUUUGAAUUUAUCUAGCAUGUUACAUCUCAUGGCCAAAGAAGACAAAGUUGAGAGGUUGAAAACUGAGCAAGAAAUUGUGCAAAGUUCAUUUAACAAACAUACAGAAAUCAACAACCAGCAAAUUGUGCUAGUUGAUGAUUCAGCAAACUGUGUUCUGCAUCCUCUUCCUCCACCUUUGCCAAAGUCACCUUCUGAGUCCUGGCUUUGUCGCGCCUUGCCUUUAGUUUCUUUGAAGAAUUCAUUCCCUUAUUCGAAUCAAGGUACACCGCUCCAUGCUAAAAGACAGGGUAAUAGAAGAGCAUCAAGCUUUACUAAGUGGGAAACAAUAGUAAAAACUUCAAAUAUGCAUCAUGAUCAUGCACACAGUUCUCAGGAGCUAGUGAUAUAUAAAUCUCAGCAUUCAAAAUCUUAGAGAUGGAACUCUGGCUUGUAUAUAUAAAUCUCAGGAUUCAUAAGCAGCCCCCUGAGAAGUACAUAUACACCACUCAUGUGCUUGUUUCACUUUGUUAUUAUCAUCUUCCCAAUUUCUUACAGCUUGCUCAUGAGGAGGGACAUGUACACUGUAAACUAGUAUUUAUCUAAGCUAAAUAUUAAAAGUAUCAGCAUAUUUUUUUUCUCUUUUUAUGUAAACUGACAUUGAUGAUUGCUGUUAAUAUUCAAACUUUAUUUUUUCUUUUCU